CGCGCCUGAUCCUAUGCGCUGACUCGCGCGGCGCAGGCGCCUCCUGCCCCGCCGGCGGGGCCCGGGCUUCCCGCGGCGGGAUGUUCUCCCGAAGGAGCCACGGGGAUGUGAAGAAGUCUACCCAGAAGGUGCUAGACCCCAAGAAGGACGUGCUGACCCGCCUGAGGCACCUGCGGGCGCUGCUGGAUAAUAUGGAUACAAAUGAUCUUAAGCAGUUUUUUGAGACCAACUAUUCUCAGAUAUAUUUCAUCUUCUAUGAAAAUUUUAUAACACUGGAAAAUAGUUUGAAAUUAAAAGGGAAUAAUAAGUCACAAAGGGAGGAGCUGGACUCCAUCCUCUUUCUUUUUGAAAAGAUACUGCAGUUUCUACCUGAACGAAUUUUCUUUCGAUGGCAUUAUCAGAGUAUAGGCUCAACUUUAAAGAAGCUUCUACACACUGGAAAUUCUAUUAAGGUAAGAUGUGAAGGAAUCAGGCUGUUUCUUUUGUGGCUUCAAGCACUUCAGACAAACUGUGCAGAAGAGCAGGUGCUGAUUUUUGCUUGCCUCGUGCCCGGUUUCCCGGCGAUCAUGUCAUCCAGAGGGCCCUGUACGCUGGAGACACUCAUCAAUCCUAGCCCUAGUGUAGCUGAUGCAAAGAUAUAUCCAGAAGAAAUCACUCCACUCCUGCCAGGCAUAUCAGGGGAAAAGAUCGCUGAGGACCAAACAUGCUUUUUUCUUCAAAUACUGUUGAAAUAUAUGGUUAUUCAGGCUGCAAGCUUGGAGUGGAAGAAUAAGGAGAAUCAAGAUACUGGUUUUAAAUUUCUUUUUACAUUGUUUCGAAAGUAUUAUCUUCCUCAUUUAUUUCCAUCAUUUACUAAGUUAACAAACAUCUACAAACCUGUACUUGACAUCCCCCAUUUGAGACCAAAGCCAGUGUACGUUACUACAACUCAAGACAAUGAAAACAUUUACAGUACAAAAAUUCCAUACAUGGCAGCUCGUGUUGUCUUUAUUAAGUGGAUUGUAACUUUCUUUUUGGAAAAAAAGUAUCUAACUACAACACAAAACACUAAAAAUGGAGUUGAUGUAUUGCCUAAAAUCAUACAGACUGUCAGUGGUGGUGCGGUGCAAGAGAGGGCACCAGAGAUGGAUGGUGGCGGGCCCACAGAGCAGGACAAAAGCCAUUCUAACAGCAGCACCUUGUCCGACCGAAGACUCAGCAACUCAAGCCUUUGUAGCAUUGAAGAAGAGCACCGAACAGUGUAUGAAAUGGUGCAGCGGAUUCUCUUGUCAACUCGAGGUUAUAUCAAUUUCGUCAAUGAAGUAUUUCACCAGGCAUUUUUGUUGCCUUCCUGUGACAUAGCUGUAACAAGAAAAGUAAUUCAAGUAUACAGAAAGUGGAUCCUCCAAGAUAAACCUGUAUUCAUGGAGGAACCAGAUAAAAAAGAAGUUGCCCAAGAAGAUGCUGAAAAAUUAGAAUUUUCAGAGACUGACAGCAAGGAGACCUCGUCUGAAAGUUCCGGUCAUAAGCGAUCUUCCAGUUGGGGACGAACAUACUCCUUCACGAGUGCGGUGAACAGAGGGUGUGUGACAGAAGAGGAAAAUAAGAAUGUGAAAGCCGGGGCCCAGGCCAUGCUGCAGGUGUUUUUGACAAAUGCUGCAAAUGUCUUUUUGUUGGAACCGUGUGCUGAAGUUCCCAUGCUCUUGAAAGAACAAGUUGAUACUUGUAAAGCUGUGUUGAUUAUUUUUAGGCGCAUGAUAAUGGAGCUUACAAUGAAUAAAAAGACAUGGGAACAGAUGUUGCAAAUACUACUCAGGAUAACAGAAGCUGUCAUGCAGAAGCCAAAGGAUAAACAAAUAAAGGACUUAUUUGCCCAGAGCUUGGCAGGGUUACUGUUUAGGACGCUCAUUGUGGCUUGGAUCCGAGCAAACCUCUUUGUGUACAUUUCUCGAGAGCUCUGGGAUGACUUUCUUGGUGUGCUGUCCUCCCUCACUGAAUGGGAGGAGCUCAUCAACGAGUGGGCCAACAUCAUGGACUCCUUGACAGCAGUGCUCGCGAGAACCGUUUAUGGAGUUGAGAUGACAAACCUACCUCUGGACAAAUUAAGUGAACAAAAGGAAAAGAAGCAACGAGGCAAAGGCUGUGUUCUAGAUUCUCAGAAAGGAACCGCUGUAGGUAGAUCCUUUUCUCUCAGCUGGCGGAGCCACCCGGAUAUGACAGAGCCAAUGCGAUUUAGGAGUGCCACCACAUCAGGGGCACCAGGAGUUGAGAAAGCAAGAAAUAUUGUUCGCCAAAAAGCAACUGAAGUGGAAGAGUGUCAGCAGCUACGAAACCCACCUCCAGUUGAGUCUGGCCUCCUGGCGGCCGAGCCGCCGCAUCAGCUUGUCCGGAGCAGCAGCACACCUGACGUCACUGAGCCCCUCUGCGCAGACUCUUCUCAGGGUCAAAAGGUAGAACAUGCACAGAAUCUAAGCUCUUCAGAGCCUAAGCCUGUUCAAGAGAGGAAAGGACAUGUGAAGAAAGAACAUGAGGGGAUAACAAGCUUAGUUCGAAGAAGCAGCAGCCCUGCUGAAUUGGAUUUAAAAGAUGAUUUGCAGCAGACGCAAGGAAAAUGUAGGGAAAGACAGAAGAGUGAAAGUGUCAGCAGUGACACAGCUCUGGGCUAUAAUGGUGAGGCAGAGCUGUCCAUGAGUGCAUGGCAGACCUAUGAGGACGACCCGGAACUGAGCACUCCCACAGAUGUUGUAGCUGACUCUGAUGCCCGCCAUUGGUUACAACUGAGUCCCACUGAUGCUUCAAACCUAACAGAUAGCAGCGAAUGCCUUGCAGAUGACUGUAGCAUCAUCGCUGGAGGGAACCUCACUGGUUGGCAUCCAGACUCUGCUGCUGUGUUAUGGCGAAGAGUCUUGGGAAUUCUUGGAGAUAUGAAUAAUAUCCAGUCACCCAAGAUCCAUGCCAAAGUUUUUGGCUAUCUCUAUGAACUCUGGUACAAACUGGCAAAGAUACGGGAUAAUCUAGCAAUAAGCCUAGAUAACCAAUCUUCUCCAUCUCCUCCGGUCUUGAUCCCACCACUCAGAAUGUUUGCGUCAUGGCUUUUUAAGGCGACAACAUUGCCAAAUGAAUAUAAGGAAGGCAAACUACAAGCCUACAAACUGAUCUGUGCCAUGAUGACCAGACGCCAGGACGUUCUGCCAAACUCGGACUUCCUGGUGCAUUUUUACCUUGUGAUGCACCUGGGAUUAACCAGCGAGGAUCAGGAUAUCUUAAAUACCAUUAUAAGGCACUGUCCACCCCGCUUUUUCUCCCUGGGUUUGCCUGGCUUCUCAAUGCUGGUGGGGGACUUCAUCACUGCCGCUGCCAGGGUCCUCAGUACAGACAUGCUGGCGGCACCUCGUACAGAAGCUCUCACCAUUCUCGGUUCUCUUGUCUGCUUUCCAAAUACCUACCGAGAGAUCCCUUUACUGCAGUCAGUGCCAGAUGUUAAUGAAGUCGUUACAGGAGCCAAAGAUGUCAAGCAUUACCUCAUAAAUAUUUUACUGAAGAAUGCCACAGAGGAACCAAAUGAAUGUGCAAGAUGCAUUGCCAUUUGCUCCCUCGGGGUCUGGAUAUGUGAAGAACUUGCACAGUGUACAAGCCAUCCUCAGCUGAAAGCCGCCAUCAAUGUGAUAGGUGUCACUUUGAAGUUUCCUAACAAAAUCGUGGCUCAGGUAGCCUGUGAUGUUCUUCAGUUGCUGGUUUCCUACUGGGAAAAGCUUCAGAUGUUUGAAACCUCUCUGCCUCGGAAAAUUGCAGAAAUCCUUGUGGCCACAAUUGCUUUUCUUUUACCAAGUGCAGAGUACUCCUCAGUGGAAACAGAUAAGAAGUUUAUUGUGUCCUUGCUGCUCUGCCUCUUGGACUGGUGCAUGGCAUUGCCUGUGAACUCCCUUCUCCACCCAGUGUCCACAGCGGCCCUGGAGGAGCAGCACUUGGCCAGAGCCCCUUUGCUGGAUUAUAUCUACAGGGUUCUGCACUGCUGUGUUUGUGGCUCGAGCACAUAUACCCAACAGAGUCACUACACAUUGACCCUGGCUGACCUGUCAUCCACGGAUUACGACCCCUUCCUGCCGCUGGCAAACGUGAAGAAUUCUGAGCCAGUCCAAUAUCAUUCAUCAGCAGAAUUGGGAAACCUGCUUACUGUUGAAGAGGAGAGGAAGAGAAGAAGUUUGGAGCUGAUCCCUCUGACUGCCAGAAUGGUGAUGGCCCACCUGGUGAACCACCUGGGACACUUUCCCCUCCACGGGGGCCCCGCUGUGCUGCACAGCCUGGUCAGCGAGAACCAUGACAAUGCGCAUGCGGAAGCCUCUGAGCUCUCCUCCGAGGUGUUCAGGAGCCCAAACCUGCAGCUGUUUGUGUUUAAUGACAGUACCCUCAUCUCCUACCUUCAAACACCCUCAGAAGGACCGACAGGCACAUCACCAGUGGGCACCCUCUCCGACGUGAGAGUAAUUGUGAGGGAUAUCUCAGGGAAGUACUCUUGGGAUGGGAAGGUUUUAUAUGGACCUUUGGAAGCCUACUUAGCACCCAAUGGCAGAAGUCCUGCAUUUCUGAUUUCAGGUUGGCAGCAUCAAGCAGUUGGACCUCAGAAAGAUUUUUCUCAAACUGAGGAGGGAGAUGAUGUCCUCGACAAAUUACUUGAAAAUAUUGGCCAUACAAGUCCUGAAUGCCUUUUACCAUCGCAGCUAAAUCUGAAUGAACCUUCCCCACCCCCAUGUGGAAUGAACCGUGACCAAGAGAAGGAAAUCAUCGAGGUCAUUUUGCGCCAGAACGCACAAGAAGACGAGUAUGUUCGGAGGUGUAACUCUGAUUCGGCCAUGAAAGUCACCAGCCAGGAGCAGCCAUCACCAGUGGAGCCCCGAGGACCCUUUUAUUUCUGCAGGCUGUUGCUCGAUGACUUGGGAAUGAAUUCUUGGGACAGAAGGAAGAAUUUCCAUCUAUUGAAGAAAAAUUCAAAAUUAUUGAGAGAGCUAAAAAAUCUGGACUCCCGUCAGUGCCGUGAAACGCACAAAAUCGCAGUGUUUUAUAUUGCUGAAGGUCAAGAAGACAAGUGUUCAAUCCUCUCCAAUGAAAGAGGAAGCCAAGCAUAUGAAGACUUUGUUGCUGGACUUGGAUGGGAGGUGGAUCUCUCAACCCACUGCGGAUUCAUGGGUGGACUGCAGCGCAAUGGCAGCACUGGGCAGACCGCCCCUUAUUAUGCUACCUCAACCGUGGAAGUGAUUUUUCACGUUUCAACUCGGAUGCCAUCAGAUUCAGAUGAUUCACUCACCAAAAAGCUCCGUCACUUGGGGAAUGACGAGGUCCACAUCGUCUGGUCUGAACACUCCAGGGACUACCGCAGGGGUAUUAUCCCAACCGCCUUUGGAGAUGUUUCAAUCAUUAUUUACCCAAUGAAGAAUCACAUGUUCUAUAUUGCUAUAACGAAGAAACCCGAGGUUCCGUUUUUUGGGCCUCUAUUUGAUGGCGCCAUAGUGAGUGGGAAGCUGCUGCCAAGCCUUAUAUGUGCCACGUGCAUCAACGCCAGCAGGGCGGUGAAGUGCCUCAUCCCACUCUACCAGAGCUUCUACGAAGAGCGAGCUCUGUAUCUUGAAGCAAUAAUUCAGAACCACCGUGAAGUAAUGACAUUUGAGGAUUUUGCAGCCCAAGUCUUCUCUCCCUCUCCCAGCUCCUCCCUCAGUGGAACGGAUUAAGAUACGUAAAAGUCUCAUUGCAAUAUUUGAGCAAGGGCCCUAGUCGCCAGCCUGAAUGCCCACCUCAAGGCACCCCCUGGUGAGGAGGAGACAGAUGAGACUCCCCUACUCCCCCACCCCAAACCCCCAAACCCAGAGACUCCAGGACACGUUGUUGCUCUGCUAGCAGCCUCAGCAAGUCUUCCUGUUAACGGCCUCUGAAGUUAGACGUGAACCCCACCGAAAUGUCAUAGAUUGGACUUUCAAACUAGGCACUGUUAUCUUGCCCUGAAACCUCAUGAACCUUGGGCUUUGAAAGAAGAAAAGAAAAAGUCACCAACAACCAGAGUCAAACCCGCUCUCGCGCAUUGGUGUGACUGGUCCGGGCAGGGUCAGCAGGAGGAGAUUCUGGGCUUUCAGGGAGGGCAGAGGGCAGCUGGUUUCUGUACCCAAAGUUAUUUCCUCUCAUUAAUGAACUCGUGAUUAACAGAGGGGCCAGCCAAACAACUGUCACAUUGUUUAAGGAAUUUUCUAUGCAUUGAUUUUGCUAGUUCUUCUUAUGUUAGGAUUUAUGGUUUACUCAAAAAUUUCAUCAUCAUGGAAAUUGGCUUUCCCUGGGGUCUUUAGCCCAAGAGAAGUUUUACCUCAGUCGCUGAGUGUUUUUCCACCUGGUGCCUGAGGCCCACUAACUGGGGAGAGGUUUUCCUGACCGUCCUGGAAGCCCUCCAGGUCGUGACAGUGAUGCUCCUGUCACGGAACACUCAGAUGGUUCUACAAAUGUAGGGUCCUGCCCCUGCGAAGCUCCUGUAGGUUAGGAAACCUUCCAAGGCUCUGCUCAGCACAGGGCCGUGUCAGCACAAGGCCCCCGCCAGCUCGGGCGCUGGAGUGAGACGGGCACCCCGGGAAUGUCCAUCUGCCUCCAAGAGCUUCCCCUGCAAUGGUGCUCCCCUGCCCACUGCUGAGAGAGGGCUACGGCAGGGGUCUGAGAAAUACGUACUGUCACAUGGAGUCUUAGGGGAACAGAUUCCAAGCAAGGGAUAUGAUCCGUCAUUUCUCUCCAUUUGGCUCCAAGAAAAGCAAGUUGAGCCUGUCUGAAAAAAAUGAAAAGCUUCACCUUCCAUCUGCGCUUGCCCAGCGCCCUUGCUGGGGGUCUGCAAGUGUCAGCAACAGAGAAGUUGGUCAACAGGGAAGCCCUGUUUGGCGCAGGCCCUCGGCCUGUCUCCGCUGCAACCCCUCCACCCAGCACAGGGAGCAGCACGAAGAAUGCAGCCGCCAGCUAAGGGCCCGAGAAAGGCCGACCUGGGAGGAUGCUUCCCGCCUUGCCCUGCCCUCUGCCUCUCUGUUCUCGCACCCACUGACUGUUACCCCCAGCCUGCUUUGCUCCCCUUUCUGGUGAGCCCUCUGAGCCGACUCACCCCGUCAGAGCGGCCAGUUUCACUGACCCGUCAGUUCUUUCCAUCAACCAUGGAAUUGGUUUGGCUGGUACCUGACCUUUGCAGGAGAAAUAGGCAGACCCAGGAGCCAGACUUGCUUUGGGGACAAGUGAGAAAGGAUUGAGACAGUCAUUCCUAUUAGAAGGAUGGACUUUCUAAUUCUAGAGAGAAUUUGUUUUUCUGCUUUAUAGAGGAUUGCAAGUAGGGCUGGAGGCCCAGGCCCACAGACAGGGAGCCUGAGUGUGCUCUGAACAUCAGAGACCGAGGGACGUUCCAAAUAGAAGUAAGCCCUUCACUGUGGGCUGUUCUAUAAACGGCCCAAUUUGUUCACUUAUUGGGGGCUCAAUGGCAAUAUGAAGGGUGACUGGAAGUCACAGCAUUUUCUGUUGUGUCAGCAUACAUCACGGUUCUUAUCUCAACCCCCCACACACACACCUUUUAAUGAUUUGGGCUCUCUGGUUGGCAUAGUUUGGCCCAUAUCGCUCAGACUCGAGACUCUGGUUGAGCUGCUUCAUUUGACAUUUGUGAAGGACUCAGACCUCGUUCCUGCAGAGAAGGGCAUCGAGUGUUCCUGGCUCUGGAGUCCCAUGUAGGCUCCGACAGCAAGUAGCUUCUGGGAGAAUAUUUCAUCUUCAGGCUCUGGAAAACCCCUGUUGCAGAAUUAUUGGACUCCUGCUCUGUGAUUCCAUUUUCUCUCCAGGAACCAGUCCUCCUGACCCUGGAGUGGGAAACUCAGUUGUAGGCAGCAAAUACCUAGUCCUGCCUGUAAUCCUUGAUGAUUUUAACAAUGUGUGACCAGGUUACAGCCAGCAGUUUUGUGACUGGAGUUUUUUCUGAGCCCGCUCUUCUCAGUCAUGGCUCUGGUUGGGAGGUUUGGGAUGGGGAACAGAGAAUCUGGUGACAAGAUUUGCUGGCAAUCACAGGGACUUGAAUCAUUUUGUUAUUUGGGGUGGAAAAUUGAAAUGAUGAAGGUUUUUUUUUUUUUCACUUAGAAAAGCAAAUAGUGUGCUUUUGUAAUAAAUGCCUUUCAGCAAAAUUGCAGAGGGUCACUCAUCUGGUGGGGACCCACCUGAGUCACAGUGCUGACUCAUCACAUUAGUAGGUCAGCCAUCUGUAAACAAGAGUGGCCCUAAUUGGCCCAAAAUAGAUAAGACUCGCUGGCUUCCAGGCGGGGCCAGGCCAGUUCCUUCGCUUCUCUGCAUGCUGAUUUCCAUCUAAAGUAAAGCUGGUGUUCUGUAGUCUCAAUGAGUAGGUUUUUGUACUUAAAAAAAAUAGUAAUGCCACAAAAUGAUGACUUUUUUAAAUAGUAAAACCUUAAGUAAACAGAAGUGAGGAAAUUCAGCUUGGGUGACUCUCACGGUGUCUCCACGCAGUUAAGGCUACAGUUCCUCAGAGCCAUUGGGAAGGGGGAGGGUUAAGCCUUGAUUUGGUGAGUGCCUGACCAAUGGGACCCUUAGCCUUACAAACAAGAGAUCGUGCGGAUCCAUAGACAAUGCAGAUCACAUCUUCCUGUCCUUCCUCAGGCGUCACCACUUGUGCUUCAUUUACUGUCAUAUUUGUAUCAUCUGGAUGUUUGAGGGGUCCUUGAAAACUUACUGUGAUGUCUUUUUUGUAAGUGUGUUAUGUUUAUAUCUACUAAAGGAGAACAUCCACAUUGAAGGGAAAUUCAACAUGAAACAACCAUUGUUUUAGUUGCACUCAGUAUCUAUGUAUGACAUACACAUUAUGUGAAUGUUUUCUUAUGUUUUCAGGUCUACAAUAUUUAGUACAUGUAAAUAAGGAAAAAAUUUGAUAAAUAUGGUAAAUUAA